CUCGCCACCGCCCGCGCCCGCCCGCAACCCCUGGACGGAGGACAGUGCCGGCCGCCCGGAUCGCAGAGGGACAUGAACUCCUUCCUAUGGACUAUUCGGCGCCAUCCCCCAGCCUAUUUGUUUGGCACCAUUCACGUUCCAUAUACCCGAGUCUGGGACUUCAUCCCUGAGAAUUCCAAAGCAGCCUUCCAGGCCAGCACCCGCGUCUACUUUGAGCUGGAUCUGACAGAUCCCUACACCAUCUCAGCCCUGGCCAGCUGCCAGCUGCUGCCCCAUGGGGAGAACCUGCAGGACGUGCUGCCAAGAGAGCUCUACUGGCGCCUGAAGCGCCACCUGGACUACGUGAAGCUGAUGAUGCCCUCAUGGAUGACACCAGCCCAGCGCGGCAAAGGGCUGUAUGCUGACUACCUAUUCAAUGCCAUUGCUGGCAACUGGGAGCGCAAGAGGCCGGUGUGGGUGAUGCUCAUGGUGAACUCGCUCACGGAGACGGACGUGCGCUCCCGAGGCGUGCCUGUGCUGGACCUCUACCUGGCCCAGCAGGCGGAGAAGAUGAAGAAGAGCACUGGGGCUGUGGAGCGGGUUGAAGAGCAGUGCCAUCCUCUCAAUGGGCUCAACUUCUCCCAGGUGCUGUUCGCCCUGAACCAGACUCUGCUGCAGCAUGAGAGUGUGCGGGCUGGGAGCCUGCAGGCGCCCUACACCACGGAGGACCUCAUCAAACACUACAACUGCGGGGACCUCAACGCCGUCAUUUUCAACCAUGACACAUCCCAGCUCCCCAAUUUCAUCAACACCACCCUCCCACCUCAUGAGCAGGUGACAGCCCAGGAGAUUGACAGCUACUUCCGCCAGGAGCUCAUCUACAAGAGGAAUGAGCGCAUGGGGAGGAGAGUCAUGGCGCUGCUGCAGGAGAACCAGGACAAGAUCUGCUUCUUUGCCUUCGGAGCAGGUCACUUUCUGGGGAACAACACUGUCAUCGACGUCCUAAGACAGGCAGGAUUGGAGGUGGAUCACACACCUGCGGGGCAAGCCAUCCACAGUCCUGCUACUGGGAGCCCGGCUCCCUCUCCCGAGGGCACCUCUUCUGCCAGUCCAGCCCCAGCAACCCCAGCUGCUGCAGUCCUGGAAGCAACCUCAGCAACCCCCACCACCCCUCCAGAGGAGGAGGAUCCAGUCCUGUCCCCACACCUCCUGCUCCCUGACAGCCUUAGCCAGCUGGAGGAGUUCGGACGGCAAAAGUGGCGCAAGAGACUAAACAAACAGCAGCGGCCGAGGCAGUUCAACGAUCUCUGGGUUCGCAUCGAGGAUAGGUUGGGGAAUCCUAGGCACAGAUCUGGUUUGGGCUGCUCCAGGUCACCCAAGGCCUCACAAGCACAACUGUCUCGCCGCCCCCGCUGCCUCUCCAGCCUACCCCCAGCACCGGGACCACCAAGCCUUUUGUCAAGUUAUCACACCAGCUCCAGCAGCAGGACGUUGUGGGGCCUACCAGCAACUCAGCACCUACACGGGGCCUCCCCGCUGCUGUCGCUGCCACCAUCGUCGCCCCCUUCCUACUACACACCCUUGGGCCUUCCUGACCUUGACCACCCUGCAGAGCAGUCAGAGAAAGCACAGAAAUCGGUGACGGCGCCCACCGUCUGACACCACCUCAGAGGGUGCUGACACCUCAAGGCAGUUCACACAGGACAGGGACCUUAAAACACUAGAGCUUUAUUGUACCCAAAUUACAUCUUCUUUUUUGUAGAAGGUCUUAAUUUCCCAUAGUGCUAUGGGGCUCUUUUGUAAAAUAUGUGUCCAUAUUAAAAGAGAAAAUGUAUUUAUUCUAUCGAUAAAACUAUUUUUAAUGUAGCCUAUGUUAUAGUCCCUGAAUUAGCCCCAACACCAACCCAGGGAAGGAGCCCAGGUUCCCGUGACCUCUGUGACCUGUGUGGACUGUGGCUUUGAAUUGGCCCCAAGCCUCCUAGUCAGGCUUGGCUUCUCCCACUGUAGGUACCUCUAAGGGCAAGCAGAAAGACAGCCCCAACUUUUGUGAAGCUGAAUUUCAUAGCCAGAGGCGUGGUGGCCAAACCAUCCUCCUCAUCCCUGGAUGUACCCAGGCCCUGGGGGGACAAUUUAA